UAAAUGAAAAUAAACAUUGGUUGUAAAUGUUCCAAAAGCAUAUAAUUAAAAGUAAUUUAUAAACCAUCAAAAUGAGCGCUCAUUCAUCUGUUGUUCGAGUAGCAACAUCUCCAGCAGGGGUGAUUGUAGAAAAUCAACCAUGGUAUCUUCCACACGAAUUACAAAAACGCUUUAUGUCCUUAGUACUGUCUUUAUUUGCAAUUGGUCCAGUUACAGCAGCUCUACUAUUAUGUAAAAUGUUACUAACAGAUAAAUGGAAAGAUAAUCUUAUGAAAAACAAAUGGUAUAUCUUGCUGGCUAUUUUAACUGGGUUUGUUUGUUUUACUACAUUCAUUUUGGAAAUGAUUAAUCAUGAUGUAAAAAUCCAUAAUCCAUACUCGUUGCUCGCUUUCAUCGCAAGGACUUUUGUGUUUGUGGCGUUUUCAGUUCUUCUUGUUAAAGCCCAUACCAAAAUAGCUGGAAUAAUCGCAGCUUUAAUUUUGUUGCUAGUUGGAAUUCUAGUGUCCUUAAUAGCUAUAAACUAUAUUAAUUGGAUAUUUCGAAAAUUUAUAUGGGUAAUUGCUGUACUCGCCAUCGCUUCCGUAACAAUGUUUCUUUCUGCGACUGUAUGGUAUCUCGUCUGGGACGAACUAGUUACAGUUCUUAUAGCCCUUACAGUAGCAUUUGUCGUUUUGUGUUAUAUUUUAAUUCGGUUAUUUUUCCUUAUCAACGGUAGUGUUUAUGAUUUGGAAUCAGACAUGGGUACUUAUGGCAGGAAUUUACUCUACAUUUAA